AUGCAUAUAUUAAACCUUAAAGAUAACUAUCCUAAAAUUGAUAUAACACGUUGUAUUGGUAAUCGUAAUUAUAAUUAUCAAUAUAAAGUUUUAAAUUUGGUUCAAGUUUUGAUAUAUAAACAAAAUGUUAUAUGUCAAACAAAUUAUCAACCAAAUGGACAAGUAAAGUUUAAAGUAACUUGGAAAGAAAAAACUGGACAAAAACACAAAAUAAUUAGCACAAGAUCUUCUAGUGAUGCUGCGAAGCAAUUUGUACAGAAAUUAACACAAAACAAAAAUGUAAAUUUAUCAGGAAUAAUUUUAUUUGGUUUGGAUUUACAAUGUCUUGAAUCACGUCAAAAAAAUGAAUUUCAAAGAAAAAAUUUUUUAUAUCUAAAAUCUGAUACACAAAAAAAUUUUCAUUUAAAAGAAUUUGCUUUUGAUCUCUAUUCUUAUUCUAAAAUCUUAUUAGAAAAAUAUAAUAUUUCUAAUACAAAUUUGGAUUGUUUUGAACUAAAUAUCUCUAACAAACUAAUUAAAAUCAAGUUUACUGAAUCUAAAGAUAGAUCAGCAUCAAUUGAUUCUAUUAUUUAUGCAUGCGAUAAAGGAUUAAUUUCUAGAGAUAGCUAUAGGCAUUUGGCAGCAGUUCAGCCAUUAUUAGAAUGA